CCGGCCUUCACAGGUCACCAACCGCUGCGAGAGGCUGAGAGCAACGAGCAUCACCGCGAGCUCAACAGAGGAGACACUUUGGACACUUCCCAGAUCAUAAUCUAUUUCUUCAUCAGACGACCACCCACAUUACCAUGAAGUCGACAUGUCUGCUCCUCUUGGCUUCUCUCGUGGUCUGCAACAUGACUGUGUGUGGAGGACAGGGCUUCCCCGCUGAGGAGGAGACAGACGGCAGGACCAUAGACGACAUCAUACUACAGAGAGCAGAGAGUCUCCUGUUACGGUCCAUUCUCAGGAAGAUGCAGGAUGAAUACGGCAGAAACGAAGGGUCUUCUUCUCAGACAGAAUGGGUGACAAAACGACAACAUCCCGGUAAGAGGUACAUCGAGGAUUUGGAGAAGCGGCAGCAUCCGGGGAGGAGAGAAGAAGAUGAGGAUGAACAGUACGUGGAUGUUCAAAAGAGACAGCAUCCGGGCAAACGCGAAGAUGAAAUGCACUCUUUCAUGGAGCUCCAGAAAAGGCAGCACCCGGGGAAGCGCGUCACGAUGGAACACGUUUCUGAAAACCCCAUUGUGUUCCUGAGUGAACUUUCAAAACGGCAACACCCGGGGAAGCGCUACCUGGUGCUGCACAGCAAACGCCAGCACCCAGGUAAGCGCAACUUCGAGGAUGAGGAGGACGAUGGGGACUGGGACGCGGAUUCAGAUGGAGACGAAGAGUUCGCCGAGUUAGAAAAGCGUCAGCACCCAGGGAAACGGUUUUUGGAUAACUCCAGUCCGGAUUUAGGCACGAACAGUCCCUGUGAUGUAUUGGACCCUACGAGCUGCAGCAAGACCAAUCUGCUGCUCGACUUUUUAGACAACAUCAACAAGAGCCAUGCCGAGGAGAAGAGACAACACCCGGGCAAAAGGUUUGCACCCGAGGAGGAUUUAGUGGAAGCAGAGUAGGUUAAACACUGGUCUGGUGCGCGUGUACUGCUGUAUUGUAAACAAAUAAAUGUGUAAAUGAAGUGACCAUAAAGAAUUAUUAAAAAUGAAAAAAGAAGUUACA